GCGUCGUCCGGCGAGGAAAUCGCAACAACCUCCCGCUUGCUAGCGGAGUAGCGGGGGUCGUUGGGGUAGGGCUCCUCUCGUCGACCUGGAUGGUACCAUAUAAACCACUGUCGGGCAAACAACCCAGAGCGUUUAGAGAGAGAGAAGCCAGGGAGAAGGAGGAAGAGCCGCCGCGGUGAUUUGGCGUUUCCUGGUCCUCGGCAGGGUUGUCAGGGGAGUCGUCAGGACACGGGCAAGCUUUGUACGCUACCAAUUCAGCGAAUAACCGACCGGGGUGCGUGGAAUUGCUCACCGGAGCAAACCCUCCGCCGCCGAACCACCAUCCGCUGUGAGCAGUGCACGCUAUCGUCCGAUUCCUGAUCGUUAAUUUCAUCGAUGGGUGCCAUGGAGGACCGCAGCUCCAAGCAGGCAGGCGCGGGCUUGGUGGCCCACCUCCACGACGACCUCCUUGUGGAGAUCCUCUCCCGCGUCCCCGCCAAGUCCAUCUGCCGGUUCAAGUGCGUGUCCAAGGCCUGGCUCGACCUCAUUGCCGGUCCCGACCACCGUAAGAAGCUCCGCCAACCCAUGCAGGGACUCAUCUACAUGAAUCCAGAGAAGGACCGCCACAGCUUCAGCUUCCUGGACCUGCCACUGACAGUAGGAUCCGUGCCUCUGGACGUUGUCGACCCUGCAGGCUUCAUCUCCUACCUGACGGAACAGCCUGGGAUCCAUCGCCUCGUCUUACUGGAUUCCUGCAAUGGCCUGAUCCUAUUCCAGCACCUUAUGGAGCUGCCGCACUACAACAGUUUGGGCUAUGUCGUGUGCAACCCGACCACGAAGCAAUGGCGAGCCGUGCCCGAGCCCGACUGCAGCUCCCAUGUACCAAUAAACUACACAUAUUUGGCUUUUGAUCCGACUGUAUCCUCCCACUUCCACUUGGUCCGGUUCAAAAAGAAUCGCGAAUACAUGGAGCCCAUGUCGGUGCAUGCUUACUCGUCUAAAACUGGGAUAUGGACCUAUAGCCAAACUGAGAAAGAAGAAGAAGAAUGGCAGAAUCAGGUCUACUUAUCUAUAAGUAAUCGAUGCGCCUUUGUUAAUGGCUUCCUGCAUUUGCUAGUUUGGGGCUCCAACAAAAUGCAGAUACUCAUUGUAGAUGUACAAGGACGUCCAAGAAGGAUGAUCAGACUGCCAGACGCGGCUGCUGGUAAUUGUGAGGGAUGCUACUGUGUUUACUUUGGCCAAUCCCAGGGGCAUCUGCACUGCAUUACUAAACAAUUAUUCGACUUCAACGAAGAGAAAUACGAGCUGUCCAUCUGGGCUCUUCAGGAUUACGAUGCACAAGAGUGGGUGCUGAAGGACACUGUGAGCUCCCUCCAGCUCUUUGGAGGAAAUUGCCCCACAAGUGUCGCAUUGGAGUUGUACAGCGAGGUGGCCAGCAUGCAUCUGGAUCGCAAUGUGGUCUUCUUCUUUUCACACUGUGAACGUAGAUUCAUAGCAUAUGACAUGGACAGCAAGGAAGUGAGUGUUUUCAGCAGUUCCAAAGCUAUACACAGGUGGAAGGUUGGUUGCUAUGUUCCUUGUUUCUCACCGGCGCCUCUCAAAUAAGCACUACAAGCAAUUAGUGCGUGGUCUAAUACAAGUAUGAGCUGCUAGCAACUUAGUUAGACUGUAAUAAGGUCAAGUGAAGUAUUUCGUCCAUGAGUGUUUGGUCUAAUUAGUUCCGCAAGCCUGUUGAGGCAUUUAUAUAUAUAUGUAGUCUAUAUUUAUGGAUGCUAGUUAAAUUAAUGGAUACGUUGUAUGAUUUAUGUUUUUGGCUAUACAUAAGUUAUUAUAUGC